CAGCACUCCAUUAACGCUUGACCUCCACACCCAAAAUAGCUUUUUCCAGUUGCCACUUUAAUAAUCAGAGAAUGAAUGGUUGAGAUGACCAAUUGGGUAGUCAACCAAGUCUUCUUCCCUUGCACAGUUGCACUUAUCUGCAAGUAUUCUCCCUCAGUAAUCACCAAGUCGUCUGCCUUUAGGGGCGAAAAAUAGAAAGAAAAAAGGGAAACAUAUCCAAGAUUUCUACCAUUCUUGAUUUCUAAGGUAUCUCUAGUCUGUAGUGCUCCUGUUCAAGAUGUUCUCAUUUUUUUCCUGUCACUGUGCCAUAUCGUUGUUUUAUCAACAUUCAUGUAAGACCAACCUUUUCUCCCAGCUUUUUCAUGUGCACUACUGAUCUUUCAACUCAUGUAGCAAUCAAAUUAUUAUUGAAACGAAUAAAGUCAAGACCUUUCUCUUUCUUAUCUUCUCUGCUCCUCACUUUCCGAUUUUUUUUCUCCACUGUAAUAAGCUAUGCUUUCCCAAUAUUCAAUAAUAACUUUCCCAAUAUUCAAUAAUAAAAUAAAGUAUGGUUAGACAAUUUCCCCUUUUCCUAUAUAUGGAGACAUCAGAUUGGUUUGCAUAUGUUAAGAUAGUCUCAUAUUUUGAAAGAUGGAGUAUAUAUAGAUGAAUGUAUAAGGGCCUAAGUAAAAUAUGCCACAUCAAUUUGAUUUAAUAUUUUAGUAUGGUUUGGUCAGUCUAUUAAGAGCUCUAUCCAAUUUUAGCUUUUAUGAGCAUAAAUACAACUUCAUUAAAUUUCCAUCAAGUUAUGCACAUAGGUUUCACCUGCCUAGAUGUUUGUUUCAGUUUUUUGGGUUGUAUCCAAUCAGUGAAAUAGAAAAAAGUGAUAACCUUUUUAUCAAAUAAUGGCUCAUUGUAUUCAAGCACUUUAGUGGCUUAAACCCUUUCUAAGAUUUGCAAUUAGGGUACUUCAGAACAGGGCUCUCUUGUGCAUAAGUAAAAACACACAUAGAAUGAAGAGAUUCGUCUUUUUUUUGUUAUGAUUUUUUCAUUCUUGAGAUAAUUUUGGCUUUUUAAGAUUUUGUUCCAGAUUAGAUUCAGGAUUCUGAGACUUGGUGGCUUGGGAGAAGAAAUUCUGGAAAAUUGUUGUUUCUUUUCUUUUAUUGGAGAUGGAAUCUUCCUCUUCUUCGGGUGGAUCAUUAAAGAGAGGGAAGGCAGCGGGUAAUGGCUCACAGGUUGCUAAUUGUUUGGUGGAUGGGUGUAAUGAAGACCUGAGUAAGUGCCGUGAUUAUCAUCGUAGACAUAAGGUGUGUGAGAUCCAUUCUAAGACGGCUAAGGUCACCGUUGGUGGUCAAGAGCUUCGGUUCUGCCAACAGUGUAGCAGGUUUCAUCCGUUGUCUGAAUUUGAUGAGGGAAAGCGAAGCUGUAGAAAACGGCUUGAUGGUCAUAACAAAAGAAGAAGGAAGCCUCAACCAGACACUUUCAACAACAGUACUUCAACAAUGCUUUACUCCUCUAGUUCACAAGUAGCAGGUUCAAAGCAACUUCUCCAUUUUGGUGGUUCUCAAAGAUAUCCAAAUGUGGAUGUGCACGAGGAGAUGCUAUACAGCAACCCAUCACACAUCAAUCAUAUUGACAGCCGAAACAUGUUGCGGGACCCUUCAUCGCAUGACUACAAAGAACCGAACCGGUUUCCUUUCUUGCAAGGUGGGGACCACGCUCUCCCCGAAGCUACAGUUUCCCAAAGGGUAUUCCCGGGCGGGUUCGACCAAACCAAUGGCAGUUGUGAUGGUGCUCUCUCUCUUCUGUCAUCAGUGCCAGGUGUCACGAGAGAGAUUGGUUUUAGCCACGAAGCGCAGCAGCCAGGUUCUAGCCAACCGCUUGCUCACGGCCUGCACUUCGAUGGUUAUAGCCAAUUCUCUUUUCCUCAAGAAACUGAAACCAAACAUGGUCUCCACUUACCUGAAAUGUUUGAGAAUACGCCUGAUGGAUCCUCCUCCAGUGGUUCUCAUCAAACACUCACAUUCAGGUGGGAGUGAAAACCAUGGCUUUCACAUAUGUUGGGGUGGUAGAUUUACCAAGUGAUAUAUUUUCUUACUCUCUACUAUUUUCUUUUUAUGUGGAGUUGAUAUGAGACUCUUUUUCUGGGUACCUUCCUGGCUUGAUUAUUACUCUUAUCUGUCUAGAAAAAAAAUCAUGCUACAAACUAAUGACAAAGACUUAUGGGCAAUCAGUUAGGUUUGAUGAAGACCACUUGAUCAAUUGUUAUGAUGUGUGACUGUGUAUUCACUCCCAAUACCACCAGUGUUAAAAAUUAUUUAGAUCAUUAGUAUAAAUAUUAUACGAACCAUUAAGGGCCUAUUUGAUGAGACUUGUUUUGAUUACAUGAUUAAGAGUGUUUAGUCACAUUAUAAUUGGUUGAACCAGCUGAAGUGAUUGAAUCUAUUGAAUUAUUAAAAAUCAUAUUUCAAAUACAUUUUAUAAAUAAAAUAAAGAAAAUAUUAUAUGAAAAAUAGUUAAAAUAGUUCUCUACCGUAACUUCAGUCAAUUUAUCCAGAAAAGAAAUUGUAGCCUUAUUUAUUUUUAUUAUUGCACAAUUCAAUCAAUUUUUAUAUAUACAGUGCGAGUAUAUUUCUUUUAAAUUCAAUUAAUUAGGUCUAAUGUUAAACUUUUAGUGACAUUUUGAAAAUUUUAGAACACAAGUAAAAAUCCUAAAUUGAGUCAAGUUUAAAAAUAAUAUGCAUAAUUUUAAGUAGGAUUUUAACUGCACAGAGACAAUCAUAUGAAUUUGUAUUUUUGUAAUUUAAAGGAAUAAAAAUGCGUAAAAGCUAAAACAAUAACUUUUAUUGUUUCACCAACAAUCACAGUGCGAGGAUUUUUACUACUUAAAAUUCUUAAUUGAGUCAAGUUUAAAUUCAAUUAAUUAGGUCUAAUGUUAAACUUUUAGUGACAAUUGUGUAUCGAUGAUAACAUUAGCGAGUUUGUAUAUUGUACAACUAGUUAUACAGUGAGUAUCGUACAACUGGUGACAUUUUCGUAAUUUUAGUUACAAUUGUUGCUUUCGUUGAAUUGGCAUUAAUAUACUUCUACUGAGUAUUCAAAGGCUAAUAAUGAGCAUCGUGAUAUCGACUUCAUGUCUUAUAAGUCACUUUCUUUUUCUUAUUUUUUAAGAUAUCUACAAUAAACCCAUAUGAAUCCAAUAUGUGAAUUUAAUGUAAUACUAGUAUUAUACUUUUCAAAUAUGUAUGAAUAUGACAUAUUAAAAUGAGUAUUACACCAAUUACAAAUGAGCAUACGUAAAUCACAAAAUGAGCACUGAAAAAUUCAAAAAUCAUUUAAAUUCUCUACUAUGCUCAUCUUUUCAUUUGUGUAUGCUCAUAUUAGUAAAACAUCGUAUAUAUCUUAUGUUCCUGGCAACCUAUGGCAAACAUGCGACCCAACUCACCAAAUUUGCUUAAGAAAAAGUGGAAAAAGGAGCCCAAUCCAGUGUUGAUAUCCCUAUCGUCGCCGUCGGUCGCAAAAUCAAUCCAUAGCCUCCGUUGAGAGCUCCAUCGUCGAGUUCUGAUCUUGUGGUUGGCGAGUCUCAACUGAAGAGAUCCGAUUGACAAGUGAAGAUACGAGUCACUCGAGCUGGAGAAGAGGAGAUACGAGUGGCGAGCGAGUGUAAUAUCAAAUAUGAUUUAUAAUUUAAUAUACGUAAUAUGUACAAUUUAUUAUAAAAUGUAGCUAUUAUUGUCAAAAUAGACAUUAUUGUAGGACAUGAAGUGUAUAGUUCAGUCAGAAGGAGCAAAGGAAUCAAACAGAUGUAACAUAUCUUGAUCUUUGGCCUAAAGGACCAGAGUUGACAAAACGGUUGUGCAAAGGGAC